AUGAAGAAGUGCAGCGACAACCAUACGAAAGGCUCGCAUUGCCUUUGGCCACGCCUUCCAAUUGAAGAUGUUGGCGAUACCACCGUGCGCAGAACCGACGAGCUCCUCAACACCAGCACCUUUCAUGUUGUAUCCGAUGGUGCCAAUGAAAGACAUCAAGGUGUGCAUUAUUCCUGGUCUCAGAACCACACAUUUCCAUCUUACAGGAUCGCUCCACUUGACAAGACAGGCAAUGAUGUAGAGCUGCAGCGUUCUUCCCGGGAGGAUAUCGGAAGCAGUCAUCUACACCCUCAGAAACGACCUAAUCCAGAGGAAUCUGACGACAAGUCGUGCAGUGAGGUGAAGAAGGCUCGCCUUCCCCCUCAGGAACGACCUAUUCCACACGAAACUGACGAAGAGUCGUCCAGUGAGGUGAAGAAGGCUCGCCUUCCCCCUCAGGAACGACCUAUUCCACAGGAAACUGACGAAGAGUCGUCCAGUGAGGUGAAGAAGGCCUGCCUUCCCCCUCAGGAACGACCUAUUCCACACGAAACUGACGAAGAGUCGUCCAGUGAGGAAGACGACGACGACAAGUCGUCCAGUGAAGAGGAAGACGACGAAUCGUCCAGUGAGGAGGAAGACGACGAAUCGUCCAGUGAGGAGAAGGACAAGUCGUCCAGUGAGGAGGACGAUGAGUCGUCCAGUGAGGAGGCUCAGUGA